AUGGGCAUAAACAUCACAAGAAUUGUCUUCCCUGUUGUAUCGAGUCAUAUCGAGAUGGCAAACACUAUCCAACUCUUACCCCUUGGUUCCUCUUUUGUUCAAAACCUUCCCAAACACAAUUUGAGAGAAGUCAUUUGUAAGGUCGAACAAAGGUGGCAACUACGUUGUGUUGCCAACAAACAAAUUGAAUACUCAACUACUAAACGAACAUCUGGCUAUUACAAGCCGAGCUCUUGGAGUCAUGAGUUCAUGAUAUCUGUGGGAGAUGAUCAUGGGAAGGAAGUUUCAAAGGAGAGUAGCGUAAAGAAGUUGGAGGAGGCAGUGAAGUACAUGCUUGCCGACGAAGGUAUGAAGCCAUUGGACACACUUCAAUUAAUUGAUGACAUUCAACGUCUAGGCUUGGGAUACCGUUUCAGAGACAGUACAAAAUCUGCCCUCGACAGAAUUAUAUGUUCAGAAAAAGUAAUGAAGAAAAUGGACCAUUGUAUUCAUACUUGUGCUCUCUACUUCACCCUCCUUAGACAACAUGGAUACGAUGUUUCUGCAGACAUUUUCGAGAAUUUCAAGGACCACAAUGGCAACUUCAAGGAAAGCCUGGCCCAGGAUAUCCCAGGAAUGUUAAGGUUGUAUGAAGCUUCACAUGUUGCAUAUAAUGGGGAGAACAUAUUAAAUGAGGCCAAAGAAUUCACAACUAUGAACCUCAAAAAAAUGUUGGGAAAAAUUGACAUGAAAAUGGGUGCUCGAGUGAGCCAUGCCUUGGAAAUUCCAUUUCAGCGCAGAAUGCAGAGGCUAGAAGCCAGGUGGAAUAUUGAAUCAUACGCUAAAACGGAAAAGGCAUAUCAACUUCUCCAUACACUAGCAGUAUUGGAUUUCAACAUGGUCCAAUCCAUGCUCCAAAGAGAUCUCCAACAAGUCUCAUGUUGGUGGAAGGAUGUGGGCUUAGCAAAUAAGUUGUACUUUGCAAGAGACAGGCUGAUGGAGAGCUUCUUUUGGUCAGUUGGAAUGGUAUUUGAACCACAAUUUAGUGAAUGCAGAAAAGGUUUAACCAAAGUGGUUAAGCUAAUCACUAUUAUAGAUGAUGUUUAUGAUGUUUAUGGCUCUCUUGAAGAACUCGAACAAUUUACAGAUGCUGUUGAGAGAUGGGAUAUCAAUGCUUUGCAGCAUCUUCCUGGCUACAUGAAGUUAUGCUUUUUAGCUCUUUACAAUACUGUUAAUAACAUGGCAUAUGAUGUUCUUAAGGAACAAGGUCAGGUCAUCCUUCCUCAGCUCACAAAAGUGUGGGCAGAUUUAUGCAAAACGUUCUUAAAGGAAGCGCAAUGGAGUUACAAUAAACAUAUACCUACUUUUGAUGAGUAUCUCAGUAGUGGAUGGUUAUCAUCAUCUGGACCACUUCUACUUGUUCAUGCCUACUUUCUAAUUGAUAAAAAUGUUACAAAUGAAGCUAUAGAUCGCUUCAACGAUUACCCUGCUCUCUUACGCUAUCCAUCCACAGUUUUUCGCCUUUGCAAUGAUUUAAGUUCCUCAAAGGCCGAGAUUGAGAGAGGUGAAAUUGCAAAUGCAAUUUCUUGUUACAUGCAUGAAAAUGGUGUUUCUGAGGAAGUUGCCCGUGAAUACAUUAAGAGUUUGAUCGAUGAGAAUUGGAAGAUGAUGAAUAAAGAAUUGGUUUCGAAUUCCAUUUUCAGCAAGUCCUUUAUUGAAAUAGCCAUAAACCUUGCUCGAAUAGCACAAUGUCAAUACCAGUAUGGCGACGCUCAUAGUGAUCCAAAUGACAUAACGAGAAACCGAGUUUUGUCGGUUGUAGACAAAGUGAUAACUGAUAAGGACGUUGCUAGUUCAACCCUCACCAAGAAGAUGCUGCUUGCUGAGUUAUACUCAAUUGAAGGAGAAAUCACAGAACCUGCUGAUAUAAUCCUCCUCACAGAAGAACUUGUACAAGAGCCCCUUACUGAAAAUGAAGGUGAAAGGGUGAUGGGAAAUGAUGAAGCGUCUGUCAUGCAACAGACUGAAUGA